CCCCAGUAGCUAAGAACUUGUAUAUAUAUAUAUCCUUAGAGGUCGGAAUUACUUUAUUAGCGCGUUACAGUAUGUCAUGUGUCUCCACUGCGUUUAUUAGAUUUUCCCUUCGACCUGUAUGGAAUAUCGACCAACUAUAUACUAGACCUCUAGUAAAAUACGUAAAACAACAAUAAUGAAUAUAUAUGAUAAGCAAAUACCAACUGAAUUUUAGUUCAGAGGCUGAGCUUAAGAGGGCGUAACAUAAAAUGCUGCUUAAAAUUUUGCUUAGAGUGCCGCCUACAAAAUAUUCCCUACAAGGCGCUAUUUUAUAAUAUACUUUAGUUUACUACUAAAAUUUGAUUAUAGAAUACAGGAUAAUGGAGAUAUAACAUUAAUGAUUGAAAGUGAUGCAACGAUGCUGGAACAGCUUCUAGAAGAGAUUAAUUUUCAGCGUACGAAGGAAAUGCGGCAACUGAUGAAAGACGAAUCUGGCUUUGUAGUACUCCAAGGAACCACAUAUUGGACUGACUUGUUUGUACGCCACUUCUUGUUCCAAGAAGACCAGUCAAUAGACUGUGAUGACUUACUCUUCUUUGUUCGCAAGAGACAUGUUAAAGGCUCUUCUCGAUAUCUUCCUAAAUACGAAACCGACGUCGAGGUCUUCCGCAAGGACUCCAAGAAGCUCCCGAUCGGCGACCCCGAGAUCGACUGGGAGGAGACCGUCUACCUGAACUUGAUCGUCCAUCAGUUCGACUACACGCUCACUCUGGCGAUCUGCACGCGAACCAGCCCCAAAGAGCUGCAGGUGCUGAAGCGGCAUUCUCAGAAGGUGUACGCGUCGCCGUCGAGACGCAAAAUGGACACGAAGGGCGAAGGGGAGGAGAUGACCUAUCCCCACAUUUGCUUCAUGGUCGACAACUUUGACGAGGUGUUCUGCGACAUCGUGGUACGCGACGGUGAGAUGGUGUGCGUAGAGCUGGUGGCUCGCGGGAGAGGCGGCGUCGCGCAGGCCGUCAUCUUCCUCGGAUCCAUCCGCUACGACGCGCUCACCCGGGUUUACGACGCCAGGCAAUCCUCCCUGUCGACGAAGGUGGCGCAACGCAUGUCUUUCGGUCUGCUGGGGGCACGCGGAGCUGGCGCGGCGCGAUGCGAGUUCGUUCGUAUGAGGGGACCCGGUGGCAAGGGCCACGCCGAGGUGGCGGUGUCGCGACCGCGCGGCUCAGGCGCUCCGACGCCGAGCUCGGAGCCCGGCCUCACGGCGGCCGAGCUGUGGGACAGCGACUGGGAGGACGACCCCGACGACAUGUUCCUCUACCGCCAUCAGCGACGGCUGAGCGACCCGUCGGCGAACAUAGCGUCAUUCGUGCGCGGCGGGUGGCGCUCUCGCGAUCGAGCGGGCGAAGGCAGAGACAAGAGCCGCUCCGAGAACGAGGGGCUGGACUCGAUGGUCGACGGCCUGGCCGAGGUGGAGGCGGGAGACCUGAGAGACGGUCGCAGAGGGUCGGGCUCCUCGCGGGGCCGCGGCGAGUGCAUGCGCGCCGUGGCCGGGCCCCCGGCGAGGCCCGCGCCCCUCUCCCCCGCCUGCCUGCAUCGCCGCGCGCCCGCCGCCCAGCCCGCCUCGCGCGUCGCCAGCACGCCGCCGCCGCUCCGCCCGCUGCCCCCGCCGCCUCCGCCGCCCGGCGCGCCCCGGGGCUCGCCCCGCUGCGAGAUCGCCUGCGACGUCGCCUCGCUCGACGGGGGCGACCUCGACGCCGCCGAGUCGCGCCUCCGCCCCGCCCGCCCCUCCGACCGGGCGAGGACGGUGCGCGGCCGCGAGGAGCUCCCGGGCGAGCUCGGGCCGCGGCCGCCUUCGCCCGGGCGGAGGGACGGCGGCGAGCCGGUCGCGGAGGGUGAGGGAGAGGGCGGGGGCGCGGGGCGCUGGAGCGACAGCGCGCGGGCCUACGUGACCCUGCCCCGGCGGCGAGGCGUGGCGGCGGCGCUGUUCCGCGCUGCCCGCCUUCCGCCGCGCCGCACCACGCCGGACGGCACCGACGUCUACUACUGGUGCGAUCUGCCCAAACGCAGCGUUCACGAGCUGGACGACGGCGCCUACAACCCUCUGUGGGCGUUGCGCGGCUUCACGCAGACGUUCCACCUGUGGAAGGAGGGCAAGCGGCAGCAGAGCGCGCCCCUCUCCGCUUUCCUCACCUACGUGACGCUACCCUGGUGGGCCAUCGCCAAAGAUAUUUUGGAUCAUCGCGAAGAGCCGAUCUUGACCUUCUGAGACCGGCCGGGCCCUGGGGAUCGAUGAGGGGUUUGCGCUCCUCAAAAUGUUGAAUUAACUUUUAGAACUGAACCGCUACUGGACCGAACGAUAUUUUUCCGAACCAUGCUCAGUGAUGAAUAUCGCCAUCUUUCGUAACAUUCCCGAACUACAUUCCUCCGCGAUUUGUCGACGUGCAUUACCGGAAGAGGGCGUUGUCUCUCAAAAGACAUCUACAAAUGUAAAUGUGUGUAUGUCUAGUCGUCGAAGAAUUGAUUAAAAACCUCUGCACUGCAUAUAAUAUAUAUGUAAUCGGUUCAAAGUUAUUUAUUAUUAUUGUUAAACACUUAAGUGAUACUCGUGUGGCUUCUAACGAAAACAUGCUCUAGUCUGUAGGGUUUAAUUUUAUACGAAUUUCUAGUCAUUUUUUUUAGUCAUCUGGUCGUGGCCAAAUGAUGCUUAGUCAGUUCCGACCUCCCGACAGUUCCCCGAGACCACUAUUUCAUGAACGCGAUGACGACUAGGUUUAAGUUUAGUUAAUCGUGCUUUCAACGCUGGAUGUAAUAUUUUGGCAUAUUUUUGUGAUUAGUAAACGUCAAAUCAUUAUUUUUUUAUAAAAAUGCGACAAUCCGAGCGACUGUAUAUGUAUAUCUAAGUAUAAAGAAAGUUAAGAGUGAUUUUGUAUCAAUGAUAUUGCCUCGAAGGAGACAGAGCUGGUUGCAUCGAUCCGAGUGAUUCUGAAUAAUUUUCCAAAUCUCCGGCCUUUUCGAGAUAUGAACGUCUCUCGGUGGAUGCGACUAGUGCGAGUGUUGAGAGGCGUUUUCUAGUCGAGACGAUCUUCAAACGUGUAUUCUAAUAUAAUAUUUCCUGGAAUAAAUUAUUUCAAAUGAGUGGUUUAUUUUUAUUUAAAAUGUUGAAACGACUGAGAAUUGUCAGCCUUUCCUGUCGACGUAUGUACACAACUGUAACUGUAACGCAUUUCGUUAAAAGAGAGCGUGUAGCGUCGGCCACCGAACCGUCUCUUGCGGGACGAGGUAUGUACUUAUAGAAUGACAUAUACCUACGUAAGAUAAGAAAAGUGGAUUCCGUGCCUCGUCGGAGAGGAUCUGCAGAUAAGCAGGUGCUCGUUUCAAGGUCAUCGACGAAGUGUCAAGGUGAGUGAAAAUGAAAAGGCGUGCCUUUGUUCGACAAAAAUCUGAAGGAUCUCAGCCCAGCGGGCAGAAGUGUGGGCGCGACAGUUUGGGCGGCACGCGCCGUUAAUUAGCCGGAAGAGACCACUUGCACUGAUGACGGAUGCUCGAGAUGUAAACCCGACGACACAACGGGCCCUUUCCUCCUCUAGAGUAAA